AUGUCCGAGGAUAAGGCCGUCAGGGUCUUUGAAUUCAAGGCGAUCAUCGAGGCACAGGAGCAACUACUGGGUAUGGACCAGAAGAGUCCGCAAAAGCUGAACCUGAAACGGGAUACAGCGGCGGAGAUUCUACGAACACACUCCAAGAAUGGCAAGACGGACCUGCUCCACAUCAGCACCACAGAGUUCAGCUUGGAAGAUCUCAACACUCCGGUGCGGCUGAUGGUCACAGUUUUGCGACAAUUGCGACUUAUUAGCUGGCAUACCAAGGCGGAUGGAAUCGUGAGGACAAACAACUUUACCCUCAUCAACUUUGUGCUAGUCAUUUUUGGACCUGUCCAUGAAAGAGUGGUUACGCAGAUGCUGCUGGGAUUCCAGGUGCUGUGCACACUGAUCGCUCUUACCAUUCGCUAUCCCCUGGCCAACUACUUCUACACGAAAACGUAA